GUCUCAAGAAAUUCUCGCAGAUGGUAAAUAGCCGCGACGAACAUUCGACUAGUCCGAGCCGGUGAAUUUUACCAACCACAGUUUCGUGAGGAAGGGGCGAGCAAUAGCAAGAACAACAACAACAACACCACAACCACCGCGAAAGACUAAUUUACAAGUGGCCAAAAAAAGCUAUGAGAUUUUAUUUUGAAAAAAUAAUUUGCUAACUUUUUUCACAUGUAAAUUAAACGUGACGCGAUCGGUUUUUAGAACAUAACCUAUAAAACGGUCAACAACAACAACUUUCCCGUAAAGUCGUAUUUUUUUAAGAAAAAAAAGUGUCUUCUUUGAAAACAUCAUCCAAAAUGGAAAGAUUCGCUGAACAGCCCCCCAUGGGACCACACUUUGCUGCCCUCGGCAAUGGAUCGGUAACGGAUAAGGUAACACCCGACAUGGCCCACUUAAUCCAUCCGUAUUGGAAUCAAUUCCCUGCCAUGGACCCCAUCUGGAGUAAAAUUCUAGCUGCCUAUCUGCUGACCAUCGGUAUACUGGCCUGGAUUGGCAACGGUACCGUCAUCUAUAUUUUUGGCACAACAAAAUCUCUGCGUACACCUGCCAAUUUGCUGGUCAUCAAUUUGGCUCUCUCCGAUUUUGGCAUGAUGGUUCUGAAUACUCCUAUUAUGGGUAUUAAUUUAUAUUUUGAGACCUGGGUCUGGGGCCCAUUGAUGUGUGAUGUCUAUGCCGGUUUGGGUUCGGCCUUUGGCUGCAGUUCAAUUUGGUCCAUGUGCAUGGUGGCCUUGGAUCGUUACAAUGUCAUUGUCAAGGGUAUGGCCGGACAACCGAUGACGGUGAAAUUGGCCAUAUUUAAGAUUAUUUUCGUUUGGGCCAUGUCUAGUAUUUGGACAUUUGCCCCAGUUUUGGGAUGGAGCCGUUAUGUGCCUGAGGGCAAUCUAACAUCCUGCGGCAUUGAUUAUUUGGAACGUGACUGGAAUCCACGUACCUAUUUGAUCUUCUAUACCAUCUUUGUCUAUUAUGUGCCAUUGUUCUUGAUCUGCUAUUCCUAUUGGUUCAUCAUUGCUGCUGUAUCUGCUCACGAGAAAGCCAUGCGCGAACAAGCCAAGAAAAUGAAUGUCAAAUCCCUCCGCUCCUCUGAGGAUGCCGAAAAGUCAGCCGAGGGCAAAUUGGCCAAAGUUGCCUUGGUCACCAUUUCACUGUGGUUCAUGGCCUGGACCCCCUAUCAAGUCAUCAACACCUUGGGUCUAUUCAAAUAUGAAGGUUUAACCCCACUGAACACCAUCUGGGGUGCCUGCUUUGCCAAAUCGGCCACAGUCUAUAAUCCAAUUGUCUACGCUACCAGCCAUCCUAAAUAUCGUAUUGCCUUGAAAGAGAAAUGCCCAUGCUGUGUCUGCGGCAAUGUUGAUGAUGGCAAAUCGGGUGGCAGUGAUGCCACAUCUCAGGCCACUGAGUCCGAAUCAAAGGCAUAAAUUUCCAAUCGCACGGAAUAACUACGGCUUCCUUCGACCACGAUCUCCACGAUUAGCUAAACUAAACUAAACUAACAUCAACACCACCUCUCUGUAUAAAACACAACAAUAACAAUAAACAAAUAUAUAUUUGAAGAACAAAAAGAAACUACUAACUAAUGGUACUAACUAUAUAUUAAUACAAUUACAACUACAUACUAUUUUUUAUACAUCUCGGAGACAUAACUGAGUGACGUGUGAUAGAUAGAUAGAUGGCACCCAUGGCUUCAUUACAACAAUGUAAUAUACCACAAAACCAAAGAUGAUAAUAAACAAUACGGAAACGGAAACUGCAGCAACAGAACGAAAGCUUUCGCAUAAUAGUAACGAAUUGUGUAUGUAAACAGAAAAAAAACUAUAUAGGAAUUUUAUUCAAAAGUGUUGUAUUUGUUAUAGGAAACUAUUUAAUUGAAAUUAAAUUUUACUUUUUAUUUGUAUUUUUAGUUGAAAAUGAAGAAGAAAAAAAACCUCUGCAAUGUCAUUAAAGACGAAAAAAUUACAAAAAAAAAAAAAAAAUGAACAUAUAUAAAGAACAAGAAAUCAAAACAUUACACACGAAAUUUGAAAUAAUAAAGAACAUGCAUACAACCUCUUAAAGAUGGUUAGCAAAACGAAAAAUUAA